AUGCCGGGAGAGGAGCACUACCAAUUCGACCACUCGGCUGUUUCGUCUUCACGACAGGUCUUCAGAGAUGCGCCGCGAGUUGCCUCGCCUUCAAUACCCAACUCGCCUCGCCAGGGUGAUGGAUUCCGAGAGCGGUCUGGAAGACCCAGGACGCCAAGGCCGGAAGAAGCACCACGCGUGAGAAGAAGCAGAUCGAAUAGUGUCGACUCAAAGCACAGCACUGAAGGCCGAACCAGAUCCAGCAGGACCGCCGCUCUCCUCGACAGGCCCCUCCCAAACUGCUCAAGGCCCACUGCGACCGACAGAUACGACGACUGGUACUCUUUCCCCGGCUACCGCAACUUCGACAUCUGCCCCUCCUGUUAUGAUGGCCUAUUCGCAGACACACCCUUCGCUCACCACUUCUCACAGACUCGCCGCUAUGAACGACCCACGGAGCGUUUCUGUGACUUCAGCAGCGCAUGGAUGCGUCUCGCCUGGCUUCUAACCAUCAAGCAACGCCGCCAGUCCAUCGAUCUGCUCUACGCACUCGCCGACAUCUCAGGCUCAGACCGUCCCUGUCCCGGCGACCGUGAACUCAGCGCCGACCGCGUGUCCUGGUAUGGCAUAGCCGACCAGCGCGAUGGACUGCACGUCGCCAACUUCGCUGUUUGCGCGGCGGAUGUCAAGAUGUUGGAGGUUCUGUUUCCCACCGUCCGCGGAUAUUUCGUACGUCUGCCGCCCGCCUCGACCUACAGUCCCGAGAAACAUACCUGCAGCCUCCGUGUGUCUUCGCGCCGCUUCCCGAAGUACCUCGACCUCCUCGUCGAGAUAGACGCUGAAGCGCAGUCUACUGGCCAACGACCAAACAUGUCAAAGUUCAUCAAAAUGGCGCGUGAGAACGCAUUCAAGGGCGAGUGUGCGAGGAACAAAGCCUUUGUGCGGAAGGCGUGGCAUUUCAUCCCCGAACUUCCAGAGUUCACGGUCUGCGAGGAGUGCUACGAUGAAGUCAUCUGGCCGGCUGUUGCUGCGAAGAGCAGCUCGCUACCGCGCUUGGUCAAUAAGAGUAUCCAGCUUGUACCCAAUGAGGAUCUGGAGCUGGGCAGCAGUUGUUCUCUCUACAGUCCAAGGAUGCGCAAAGUCUGGGACGUGUCUGCGAAGGAGGGGGACUUCAAGUAUCUUGAGCGCAAGGUGCUGGAGCGGAAGAGGAAGGAGAUUUUAUUGGCGAAGGAGAGGAGGGGCGUUUUGCAGUGGUUGGCUGGGCAGGAGAAGGGGAGUAGGGGGUAUGAGAGGGCGAGGGAGGAGCUGAAGCAGUUGGAGAGAGUGUGGAAAGACUGGGAGUAG